AUGGGGGACGAGAGGGAUUCUUUGUCGUUGUGGGGCUUGAUCGUGAAGUGCGACGAUAUUUGUUUCACGCAUAUUUUGCCGAGAUUGAAUCGAGCGGAUCUUAAAUUCUUGUACGAGGUGAAUCGUGAAACGAGAAAGUUGAUUGAGAGGUCGUCACGCAAGGGGGAGUUGAAAAAGGGGUUUAAAGUGAGAGAGAUGUCAUCGAUAUCGACUUUGGAGUUUGCGUGGGAGCAUAAAUCGUUGUGGCCGAGUUGGUUGACGAACGAAAUGUAUUUCUGCUAUAAAGUUGCUCAAACGAAUAAACUCGAGUUACUCAAGUGGGCGCGAGAGGAGAAAAAAUGUGAGUGGAAUUCAAGGACGAUUAAUAGGGCCGCAGAACAAGGUAAUCUGGAAAUGGUAAAGUAUUGCGUUGCAAAUAAGUGUCCUAUCGGUACGGGAGCGUGUGCAUUUGCUGCCUCAAACGGUCAUCUCGAGGUACUCAAAUACUUACACGAAGAAGCCAAAGCGCCUUGGGAUUUGGGCACUGCCAUUUGGGCGGCUCAAAAUGGUCAUCUUCACAUACUCGAAUACCUUGUUGAGCGUAAAUAUAAUAAAUAUUACAAUUUGGCAUGUGAGCGUGCGGCCAGGAACGGCCACUUGGACUGUUUGAAGUACUUGCACGAAACCGCCAAAGCGCCUUGGAACGCUCGGGCCGUUCGAGAAGCGCACGAGAAAAACCACCCCGAAUGCGUACAAUACCUCCUCGACAACAACUGCCCAUUACCAGACGGUUGGCGAUACGAAUAUGGAGAAUUGCACACGUCCUAA